AUGUUCCAUUCGCAAGAGAACUAUGCGGGGCGUAAGGUGAGUUGCCUGCUGGUCUGCCUGGCGAUCCUGCUGCCAUUCCAAUCCGUCGAUGCUCGAUGGACCCGGCGACCGAGGCGCACCACCACGCCCAGAACUACCACCACCAGCUCAAGCACCGUGAAUCCUGAUCGCCACCAGCACGUGCACCACUGGCCACCACUGGUGGCACCACCACCGGCACAGCCCGAAUCACACCCCCAAGUAGUUGUGGUGCAAAAACCCAGCUACACAGAGACCAGUCCUCGGCUGAUCGACAGCUUCGAUCAGAGAUCACUCGAUGGCCAGUAUGAGUUCAGAUACCAGCUGGACAACGGAAACACCCGCUAUGAACGCGCCUACUGGCUGCCCGUGGGCAAGGACCUCGUCCUGGCCAAGAAGGGAUACUACUCGGUGCCGCUGCCCAAUGACAAGUACUCGACGGUGUUCUACACGGCCGAUCAUCGCGGCUACCACGUGGACAUGCAGACAUUAUCCAAAGAGCAGCCGCUGUUGCCGCGGAGCCUUGAAGUGCCCGGAAUGGAGAGGGAUGUGGGAUCGGGAACGGGAACGGGAAUGGGAUCUGGAAUGGGUAUGGGUACGGACAAGGGGACUAAGCGAAAUUCAAUAAGCGACCCGGAGCGUAACGAGCUGGAUGUGGAAGUGGAUGAGGAUGUGGAUGUGGAAGUGGAUGAGGAUGUGGACGCAAGUGAAGCUGGCACCGAGCUCGUUCCUAAUGCUGUAAACCAAGUCGAAACCGAAACCGAACCAUCAACUUUGGCCAACGACAUUUUGGCAACUGAAGCACCAGCCGACAGCCACGAUGAUGACGAUGUUGAUGAUGAUGAAGGCGCCUCAAACUGA